UAACCUGUGCGCACACUGCUUUCUGUUGUUGUUUUUCGUGCUGUUUUAUUUGUCCAUUUCGUGUUCGCAGUGUUUUGGCAUUGAAAAUGAAUAGGUUUGACUCAUUAUUAUUUGUAAAACCCCAAAUAUUUUCUUAGCUCAUGUUUCUGUGAUGACGGGAGGGAGAAAAGGGGGAGGGUUCGACGUGAAAGGAGGAGGAUGAAAACCGUGUGAGCAGAUGACAGUUGUGUUAGUAGUAGCAGAAUACGAUAUGGAAGGUUCUUCCUGAACCCGAGGAGCAACUGCUCUGUUUUGAUUUAAUAUUUAACAAACGUUAGCUGAAUGAAAUGACACCUGGACACAUUUGAUAGCAGGAAAAUCGUAUCUCCAGCUGUCCUGUGCAGGUCGAGUUGUCAGAGGAAUCACUAAACGCAGAUGGGUCAGGCACUGUGGAGACUACCUCCCAGACAACAGCAGCAGAUUCAGGAAGAGCUAGCCGACCGACUGGCUGAUCAGGGAGGAGGAAGAAGACGAGAGCAAGGGAGAGAUGGAGGUCCCCAGAGACGAACUCCUCAGUACUGUUAUGGGCCUGACAUCUACCAUCUGCUGAGAACACGCAGGGGAGGUAAAGAGCAGCAUGGUUUUAUAGAUUUGGAGAUGCUGCCACCUGAAUUAGGCAUCACCAUACUGUCGUACUUGAAUGCUACUGAUCUGUGCUUAGCCGGCUGUGUGUGGCAGGACCUGGGAAAUGACGAAUAUCUAUGGCAGGGGCUGUGUAAGUCCACAUGGGGACACUGCUCUAUCUACAACAGAAGACUACCUGCUGGUUUCUCAUAUCGAAGACUAUACCUACAGCUAGAUGAAGGGAGCCUGACAUUCAGUGCUAACCCAAAGGAGGGUAUCAGUUAUUUCAUGUCUAAAGGUAUACUAGUGGAUCAUCCAACUGAGCUGGCUAAGUUCAUUUUCUACACUAGACGGCUCAACUGGAAGAUGCUGAGGAUUUACCUGGAUGAGAGGCGGGAUGUCCUGGACGAGUUGGUGACCCUCCAUAAUUUCAGUAACCAGUUCCUCCCCAAUGCUUUGCGGGAUUUCUUCAGGCACAUCCACGCACCAGAGGAGAGAGGAGAGUAUCUAGAAACCCUCAUCACCAAGUUCAGCCACAGGUUUUGUACCUGUAACCCAGGUCUUGUCCGAGAGCUGGGCCUCAGUCCUGCAAGCCACUGCAAAGGAGGUGGAACCAUGACAACCAGCUUUGAUACUGCACUGAUGGAUGGAGUGGGCGGUCUAGGAGUAGGUGCACUUCCCUCAGCUUGUCCAGAUGCUGGGACAGUCGAGCCGAUUUCCUGUUGGAGAGGAGCUGUUUCUCGUUCAUCAGCAGGACAAAGACUGGCUUGCCCAUUCCUGUAGGGCGUUACAUAUAUGACAUUAAAAGAAGGCUAACACAAGAUCUCUCACCAUUCUGCAAAUCAGCUGACUUUGAUAUAUCGUCCAGUUGUAACAACCAGAAUGUCCAGGUUCUGCUAGCCCUGGUUCUCUGUGGCCCAUAUUUGAGGUCUUUGUUCUAUUUCAUUUUGUGAGUAAAAAGAUGACAAAACAUUAGGCCUUAUGUUAGAAAAUUUUAAUAUUCUAAUCUUACAUUUCUUACUUCUUCCUGUGAAAUUUGGUAACAGUAGUGUUUUAAGUCAGAUUAACAGAGGAAAAAGACUUUCAUACCACAGAGUUUUAUGUCCUGGUGCCAUAAAUUAAUGAAAAAUAUAACAGCUUUAGUAGUAACAGAUGUGAUAUUAGAAGAAUGGAAAGUCAUCAAAGCAGAGCUCAACUGUGAUAGUGAUGGGGUCCAAUAGCAGUUUAGUGAAUCUGAAUCCAGAUCAAAUCCACUUAUUGAAUACUUUCAAAUCUAAUUGUUUAGGUAGUUUAUUAGUUAAAUAAAUGUGUACCAUUUUUAUUUUAUUCACAAGAACAUAACAAUUUGAAACAAUUUAAGAAUUUUAGUUUUUUCCAGUAAUGUUAAAAAAGUAGUUUUAAUGUUCAUUUAAGGAUAAAUUAACAAACAUGACACUGACAGACUACAGUAAUUGACUAUCAAAUCUAAGACAUGGACACUCUGCUGUGCCGAAGGUUCGCAGUGCUUUAACCACACAUUUUCUUUCUGCUUUGUUACAUUCAUCAACCCUGUCCUCACUCACUUUCCUUUUGCUGUUUUUGCUCUCACUGAGGGGCUGUGCUACAGCUGUAAAAGUAAAAACAAUACACUGAAAAAAAAUACAGAAUCUACUUUAUCAUUUAGUGAAUAUCAGUUAAAUAGGUCACCUGUUUUACAUGCACUGUGGACUUUGCAUUAUCUGAAGGCAAACUUGUUGCUCUGCUACAGGUCACAGAACAUAGUGUAACACCAGGCUGAGCACUUAUUAAGUUAUCAAAUAUGCAAGUUCUUUUGCUAAAUUGUUGGAUGGUAGACGCAUAUUUAAACAUAACCCAUCUGUCAUAACCUAUCACUAUGAUAGAAUUAAAUGGGUAAUAGUUUGACACAAAGUUGCUGUUGAUGCUGAAAACAUAACUUCAUGAGAGGUGAUUAAGCCAGUGUGACAGUCAUAGAGAUACUGUAUGAGAGAACAUUAUAGCUUAUAGUCGCUUAUGUUACACUGUUGUAUGCAACAGAUGAUGAUACUGGACACCUACUUGGAUAAAACAGGGCAGUUGUGAUAUUGAUAGGAUGUCCUAACUACUGAACUACUGGAUAUGUGGCUGUACAGAAAAAUGGCAGUAAAGUUCCUAAAGUCAUAGGCUCGCACUGUUUUAGAAAAUCAUUUGUUCAUAAUGAUACAUUGCUGCCACAACAUUAAUCUUAAUUUAUUAAUUUUAAUUAGAAAUUGUUUUUUCAUGACUUUAUAGCACCACAACCACUACAGAUGUAGUUUUGUCAAUAGUAGAGUCAUUCUUCCACAAAUGAAUGAGAAGAGAUUAGUGUGCAUAUCAAAAUGUGUUUAAGUUGCAUUUAGCUGCCUUCCAUGUACAACUAACAAAGCAGAGCCAUGGAAAAAUAGGUAGAAUACAUGUGUGAUACCAGUUGAUGGAUUACAUUUGUCAGUACAGUGUCUGGGUUGUUUUUGAUGGAUUGUUGAAAUAGUAGAAGACAGUUGCAGAGGACAGCACUACAGUAGAGAGGAUGGAGUCUGACAAGCAGAAGCAGAAAGUACUAGUCAAAGGUUUGACACAUUUUUCUUCAGUGAUUUUUCAUUUUUUUCUGUUAUUUUCAAUAUUGUAUAUGUAUAGUGAAGACAUUAAAAACUGAAAUAACAUGGAAUUGCAUGGUAAAGAAAAAAGCCUUAAAAGCAAAACGUGUUUCAUAUUUUACAAAUUAGACACUGUUUGCCUUGAUUACAGUUUUGCACUUUAUCGGUGAUAUCUUAAAGCUGUAUUAACUGACUUCUGAAUCUAAUUUAAUCUUUUUAACUGUCAAGUGAGUUAGAACAAACUCAAGCAGUAUCCCUUCUUCUCCCUUUGCUCCUCUUUGCCCCUCCUGCCCUGUCUCUGAAACUUUGUCAUAUGUGGUCACGACAGGCAGAGACAAUUGUAGCAGUCAGGUAGAGCAGCAGUAAUAAGUGGCUCUAGAACUAAUGUAUACAGAAUAUAGAGCCCACAGAGCCUGUGGUUUUCAGUGGCACUGCAGCGACACAA